AUGGGGGUCCAUCGAGAAAACAGGUACGUUUUUGGUAUCCCUGGUUUCGAGAGAAGUAGACAUAAGUAUCUACGUGCUUGUGUUCUGAUGCGGAAAUUCGCAGAGGCUUCUGGGGCAUGUUUUCCAAGUAGUUUGCGAGGAACGAAACUGAGGAAACACAUUGCCACCAACUGUAUCAAUCUCGACCUCUCUGAAACUGAAGUCACAGAUGUGGCUAACUUCAUGGGACACAGUAGCAAAAUUCACAAAGAACACUAUCGUCAACCUAUAGCUAGUAGGGAGAUAUUGAGAAUAUCUAGAAUUUUAGAAUUGGCACAAGGUGGCAACGAUUCUGAAUCAGAUAAGGAAGACUGGAAUGAUGAAGAAAGGGGCAAUCGAGAAGUUUCUGAUGAAUUAUCGGCUGUGAUUAAUCAGCCAUCGUCGACAUUUUCUUCAGAAUCGAGUGGGAUUGAAGAAUCUGAGAAUUCUUGCAGAAAUGCUGAAAGAAAAAGAUUACUUUCUGAUGAAUUAUCGCCGACACAGCCAUCGACGUCUUUUUCAGGCCAGACUGUGAUUAACGACAGUAGGAAUGCCAAAAAGAAAAGAUCAACAUCUCCCUUCGGCCUCGUGAAAAAAAAGAAGAGAUGGACUGAAGAAGAAACGAGAGUGGCAAAUAUGCUGUUCGAAGAUGCUAUCAGAACGGAGAUAUAUCCAUCGCUGAAAGCUAUACAAGAAUUGAAGCAACGAUAUCCAUGCCUGAAAGAUAGGAAUGCGAAUGUAAUCAAAACGUGGAUAUCAAACAAGAUCAAGAUCAAAAGAGCAAGGCAAUCCAAUUGAAAAAGGAAAUGUGAAGAGGAAGUUUGAAUAUCUGAUUCAAUCAUGUUAUUUUAUGAGAAUGUUUUCAUUUAAUGCAAUUGUAAUUUAAUUUUCAUAUUAAAGUUUAAUUCAGUUUUC